UGUGAUUUCAGUUUUUUUUUAUUAUACUUGUAAUAAUGUUGAAUAAUAAUGGACAAUAAUCAUGACAAUUAUGCAUACUUAUAGGAAUACAAUAUAGUAAUGUUUUACGACAAUAGUACGAAAGUCAAUGGUCUUUACGGCGAGUUGUGGAAUCUUCUCGCAGAUUAUCUCAAUUUUACGUACGUUACAACGAAUAGUUUUCUCUCCUUGAUUAUAUAUUGAAACGAUAAAAAAUUUAUUUUUCUAAUAGCGUAUAUGUAUUUUACACUUGUUCACUUUGCGCGCGAUGCGGUUUGUACACCAUAAGUCAAAGUGUUAUGUUAUUUAGAUUCAUCCCCAUAAAAACUAAUAUUCGAGAUUUCGGUGAGAGGCUGGAAAAUGGUAGUCGAAGUGGUUUAUCUGGCAUACUCCAGCGAGAUGAAGCGCAGGCAAUGAUGAGAAGUGCAUUUUAUCGAGAUCGUUUAGACCUCGUAGAUUAUACUGCGCCUUUUUGGAAAAGCACGUUUCACCUUUAUGUUCGACCGGAAUGGUUGUUCAGUAAUACGUGGAUAUUCACGUUAUUUUCAUGGCAAUCAUGGUAUUAUACAGUGUUUCUGAUUAUCAUUUUAAGUUGUUUUGGCUAUUUUCUGCAAAAAAUACCGACGGACAAGCCCAAACACAAAAGAAAAGGCUCUGCAAAUUUUAAUCUAGGCGAUCAUUUUUUUUAUACAUUCACUAUAAUGAGCGCGCGAGGUGACCCACCUGAAGCUUUUUACAACAAGUUUAAAAUCUUGUCAAUCUCAAAGAGUAUAUUCGCAUGGUUAAUAUUAUCAGCCUUUAGUUCUAAUCUUAUAUAUCGUAUGACCAAUAGAGAAUUGAUCCUGCCGUUUCAUGAUAUAGAUUCUCUUAUUAACAAUACAAAGUAUGUCUUAUUGAUGUUUCGUGGCACAUUACUUUACAAAACUAUUAAACAAACUCAUAAAGCCUGGAUCAGGAACGAUUCAUCUUCGCGUAUAGAAUUUAUGGAGUUCUCGGAGGAUAUGCAUAAUAAAAUUUGCAACAAUAUGCAAAAAUAUGUGUUGUAUGAGAUCGAAGACAAAUAUAUGGUAAUGAAAAGAAAUGGUUGUCCUCUCCGAGCCAUGAAUAAUUACUAUGAGACCUGGAUAGCAGUCAUGCUUCAGAAGAACUUUCAUUAUAGAAAGACCUUCAAUUACGCACUCCUCAAAUUCAGAGAAGUCGGACUGUUGGAUGGUGUUAGGGAUCGUUGGUUUAAUACCAAAGUCGAGAAUCCAAAUCGUAAAUUGUUCAAGAUGAUUGAUUUUAAUCAAGUCUAUUUGAUUUUUCUAUUACUGUAUUUUGGAAUAUUAAUAUCAUUUAUGAUACUCAUUUUAGAAAAGAUUACAUACUAUUACAAAGUAAAGAAUACUCGGCAACAUGGACGCAAAUAAACGCAUAUUUCAGAAAUAAAAAAUAUGACUAAAAUUCAAAUUUUUAAUCAUUUUUAAAAAUUAUAAUAAUUUCUUUGUCCUGAAUAAACUUUAUCCUGUGCUUUUUCAUAAUUUAUUUCUUUUGUUCUUUUUCAUAAUUUCUUUGCAUUUACAAUAUUUAGUUAAAAAUUAAUAUUACAUGUAAAAUCAAUAUGUAGAACAUGCCAAUCAUCAAUUGUAUUUGUAUCGAAAAAUCACAAUAAAAUUGAUCUUAAUCGCUUCAACGUUUGCAUUAGUUUAAUGAAAUUUACCAUGAAAGCAUACAGUGAUUCGAAGCGUGAUGGCACUUUGCAUUAUAGCGAUGACAACUAAAAUUGAUUAUUCACGAGUAAUAAGGUAUAAACGUAACGCAAAAUCCGAGGAAUACGGGAUAUUUCUUGCGAUUUAAUAGAUUUGACAAUUGUAUAAAAUAGACUGUAUAGUUUUACAGUAAUUUUAUUUUAUUAUUAUUAUUUAUUUUAUAUUUGUUAGAUUUAACCAAAGCAUUUGAAAUGCAACUUGUAACUAUUAAUUAAAUAAUACUAUUUUGGAUAAACAAGUCAACUUAAUUUAUUAAACUUUUUAAAUGUUUAUAUAAUUUCUUAUUUUAUUUAUUCAAACCUAUAGUAUAGUAGCUUAAUAAAAGUCUAAAUUACAUCUCAGCUAUGUGAUAAUUAUAAAAUAAUUUUAUAGAAAUCAGUUAAAUAUUUACCGCAAAAUGAUACAUGACAUGUAUGGAUGGUAAAAAUUUUCUCUUGGGAAGUAUAAUGUAUUAAGUAUAUUAAUUAUGUAUAUAUUACUAAUGCACCUUUUUGACACAAAAUAUUUUUACAAGACUACAGAAUAAAGAUAAAUGUAAAAAUAAAAUGUCCUUCAGCGAACACUUAUUUUAUAACUUUAGAAAUCUCUGCAAUCAAGGUAUAUACUAUAAAUAAAUAACUGAGAAAGUUACUCGUUUUUCUUAAGAAAUGGAAUUACACUAUAAAAUAAAUGUACAUAAUUGCAAUAGGCUAUAUUCUUUGAUGUCUUCAUGGAAAAUCAAGGAUAAUAGAGGUAUCACUGGAUCUAUUAUGUUCUAUAAUAUGCAUGUCGUUUGGUGUUUUAUUAUUUAUUUAUAUAACGAAAAGUGUUUUUGUGUCACCAUUUAAUAAUUUCGAGUCUUUAGUAACUAAUACUAAAUAUGACGUUGUCACUUUGAAGGAUACAACUG